AAAUAAAUAAAAUUUGUUAUUAAUUCUUGUGUGAAUUAUAUUGUUUUCAAGACACAGGUAUAUAUUUUACUGAGAUCAUGAAUAAAGUACUUUUGGUAUUUGUUUUGACGAUUGUCCUAAGUCAAGUACUUGCUCAAAGUUCUGAUCGCGUUGGAUUUGGAUUCAUUAAAUGCGGAGAACAUUCUGUAGAAAGUUGUGCUCCCUGUUGUCCAGAAGCAGAAGCAACUUGCUCCAACAAAGUUCCUCAACCAUGUACUGGUAUUUGUACUCGUAAUUGUUUAAUCCAGUGUCGUUGUGUUGAAGGAUAUUUGAAAGACAUAGCAACCGGAAAGUGCGUAAAAGAAUGUUAAUUUUUUAGUCCUAAAUAUCGUAAUAAAACCUAUCAAAUAAGUAUGCAAUGUAAAACAAAAAUGUAGCAAAUAAAUGUUUGUUUAAAAA